AUGACGUUCAAGCGCAGGAACGGUGGCAGGAACAAGCACAACCGUGGUCACGUGAAUCCCAUCAGGUGCUCCAACUGCGGGAAAUGCUGCCCCAAAGAUAAGGCUAUCAAGAGAUUCAUCGUCAGGAACAUUGUGGAACAAGCUGCUAUCAGAGAUGUUCAAGAAGCUAGUGUCUACGAAGCAUACACUCUCCCGAAGCUUUACGCUAAGAUGCAAUACUGUGUCUCUUGUGCGAUCCACUCUCACGUCGUGAGAGUCCGAUCUCGCACUAACCGUAGGGUCCGUACCCCACCGCCCCGUUUCGCCAGACGCAAGGAGGAUGCUCCCAAGCCAGGACAGCCAGGUCAGGGUCCUCGCCCAGCUGGUGGUGCUCCCGCUGCUCCUCGUACCUGA